UUGAGUGUCAUGUCCCUCUCCCUACACUUGAUAGUGCAGUAACCCUCUGUUGAUAGAGAGUGACUCUACAGAGAGAGAGAGAGAGAGAGAGAGAGAAGAGAGAGAGAGAGGGAGCAUUGAGAAUUGAGAAUUUGAGGGAGGGAGGAAGAAAAUGGCAAAAUCACCAGAAGAAGAACACCCUCAAAAGGCUUUCGGGUGGGCUGCCAGAGACACUUCUGGAAUACUUUCCCCAUUUCGUUUCUCUAGAAGGGAAAAUGCUGAUGAUGAUGUAACAAUAAAGGUCCUUUACUGUGGGGUUUGCCAUUCAGACUUGCAUUCUGCCAAGAAUGAAUGGCGGUUCACCAACUACCCUAUUGUACCUGGGCAUGAAAUUGUUGGUGUUGUGACCAAAGCUAGGAAGAAUGUGAAGAAAUUCAAAGUAGGUGAUCGUGUAGGAGUUGGGGUCGUAGUGGGUUCCUGCAUGAAAUUUGAGAAGGUACGGAAGAGAAAAUUGGGGUGA